UGGUACGGGAUAUCUUCGUCCUAGAGUCUUUGCCAGUCUGAAGAUUUGGUGCUUAAGCGGGAGUUGGGAGCUUGUUGGAAUUGCGCGUGCGUAUGCAAUUUGGGGUGGUGGAGUGUAGAAGCUGGAAUAAUGGCUGAAGAGAAUGAUAUUUCAGUUGGUACUGAAGAGAAGACUGACGAAAGCAAAAAUGAAAAGACUGACGAAAGCAAAAGUGAGGCAGGGAAAGACGCAGUUUCAUGUGAGAGUGUAGCAGACAAAGAUGAACCCCCUAAAAAUGGCGAUCUAAAACUGCUGGAGAAACAAAUAAUCAGGCAGGUCGAGUAUUACUUUGGAGACAUCAAUCUUCCACGUGACAGGUUCCUCCAGGAGCAAAUUAAGCUUGAUGAUGGAUGGGUGCCUUUAACAGUGAUGUUGAACUUCCAACGUCUAUCAAAUUUAACAAAGGACACAAGCAUAAUUGCAAAUGCCUUAGAAAAGUCUUCACUUCUUGAGAUAAGUGAAGAUCGCUCUAAAAUACGGAGAUCGCCAGACCAGCCGCUACCUGUAUGGAAUGAAGAACGGCGGAAGGAGCUAAUGACUCGCACUCUUUACUUAAAAGGCUUUCCUGUACAGGAUACUACUCUUGACAAACUGUUAGACUUCUUUGCGCAGCACUCGACAGUUGAAAAUGUUCAGAUGCGGACAUACAAGGACAAAGCAACAAAUAAAUUUGUAUUCAAGGGAUCAGUGUUUGCCACUUUCCCUACUAAAGAAAAAGCUGAAGAAUUCUUGAACAAGGAAAUAAAAUACGAUGGGAAUGAUCUAAUCAGGAAAUGGCAAUCUGUCUAUGUAGAAGAAAAGAGAAAAGAAAGAGAAGAAGCAAAGGCGAAGAGGAAAGGUGGUGCACAGAAUGAGGCUGAUAAAAAGGCCCUCCCCAAGGGUGCAAUCUUGCAUCUGAAAGGCCUUACCAGUGAUAUUUCAAGGGAGCAAAUAAAUGAGAAACUGUCAGGAUAUGAGGCAGAUGUAGCUUACAUUUCUUAUGACAAAGGGGAUGAAGAAGGUUGGAUCAGACUUCAAGGUGAAAACUCUACAAAAGCUGUCCUUGAAAAAAUUGGGGAGUCAACUAUAGAAAUCGGGAAUGUAAAAAUUGAAGUGAGAGCACUGGAAGGUGAAGAGGAGGAAGAGUUCCUCAAGAAGACUAUGGAAGACAUACAGAAGAGGAGAUUCCAUUACAACCAAAAUAAACGUGGCCGCAGAGGUGGUGGCAGAGGUGGAUUCAGAGGUGACAGGAAAAGGAAACAAACCUCAGCAGAUUCUACUGGUGAACCUCCAUCGAAAGUAGCAGCAAAAAGUGAAUGAUGGAAGUGGAAUGGACAGAAGAGACAACUAAAUAGGUUGAUCAUAUUUAAAGUAACAAACGCGCAAGACUUUUUGCCAGUGUAUGUGAGCUGUUUAUUUUAGUGCUUUUGUAUAAUAUAUGAAACACUUUAAAAAUCAGUGUUUUAUUGUAAUACUAAAAAAAAUUAAAAUUUAUAUCUGUUAUUGAAA